GUAUUAAGACCUGGUUUUGCAGGUCAUGGUGGAGUUUCGGGCAAGACAUGGGGGAGUCCUGCAUUUAUCGAUGACAUGUAUCUCAGAAAUCCCAUGGAACCUCCAGAUAAACAUGGAAAACCCAUGUCUCCACGCAGAGUCAAACACCAAUCUUUUCGUCUUAAGCAAGGGCAACGUCGACAGUUUAACUACAAUCGUCUGGUUAAUGAAAUGUGGCCUGAUGAUGUUUCAAAGGCACAGACUCUGAAAUUUGAUAAAAGAUCAUCGCAAGGAAGAGAUGAGCUCUUGAUAGAUCUUUCGGAAAGUGGACGCCAAAGAUCUCAUUCUGUUACGGAUCUUAGAGUCAGCAGUUCAUCAGAUUCUGGCCAGCAUAGAGGCAGUGCUUCUUCCCUUAUUGACUUGCCUAUUCCGCCUACUCCUGUGUAUGGAAAUGUCAUCACAGGUGCUCCAGUCGAGCUAGGCAGUGACCGCACAUAUGAAAAUAUUGCACGUGCAGCUGCUGCCUUAACUGGAAAUGCUCAGCAACCCCUCAGAGUUCCCAUCCGUCCCUCCCCAAGUCCUCCCGUCCAUCAACUACAAAAAAGACAACAACAGAAACAACAGCUUGAGAGCCAGCAAGAUCAACUUCUUCAGAACCGAGCACAGACUUACGAGAAUCAGGGCCAGGAAUCCCAACAAAAUCAACAGCUACAACUACCACUACAGCAACAAUCUCAGACUGGAGCACCACCUGUUCCUGCUAUAUAUUCAAAUUCUUUUGAUGCCCAGGAAGAGCCAUAUGAUGACUUUGAUGAUGAUUCUGAUGAGUGGGAUGACGAUAUUCAGAGUGUUGCUGAUAAUAGAUAUUCUGCAGAAAACAACCUACAUGACAGAUACAGUGGUCAGAUCUCUAACCACAGCCAUGCAGGACUUCCCAUUGCAACUGCCAGUCAGGUCAGCAAUACUCCAGGGUUUUGUGAGAGCACUGCUAGUAAUGAGUAUUAUCCCAACAUGACUGAAGGGCCAGAUCCUUUUGACACAUCCCACAUACGAUGCUAUGAUGAACCACCUUUAGAAAUUCCUGAUGCUCAGCCUCUCCCAGGAAAUACCAAUGACAGUGAGGAUUAUAAUAUUAACAAUGCAAUGAUUAUGCAGAAUGCCAAGCCCUCUGCAAAUUCACCUGCAAGCACUUAUAACUCCCAUGACCAAACCAAAAACACUAUAGGAAGCUCUUUAAAUUCAAGUGAUUGUUCAUUUUCUGGUAGCUCUGUUGCUAGCUUACCUUUAAGAAUCUCACAAAUGGCAUCCCCAAACACAUGUGAUUCUUCUUUGACACCCGUGAGGGCUGAUAUGCCUGUAACCACUUACCGCAACACAGAGGGAAAUGAUACGGUUGUCUCAACUGACAUGUUUCCAAUGAUUCACAACAAUACUUCACACAUGCCAGGACCUUCCCAAAUCAGAGAUGGUCACCAAAUAAAUAAUGUUAGAGAUUUAAAUGCACAAAUUAGCAAUAUGUGGAUUUCAUCCAUUGCCCAGCCACAAUCAGUUGUGCCUGUCACUUCAUCACCACUAAGUUCAGCUCUCCAAAAUAGACAAGAACAUACUAUAAUUUCCCCCACUUCAUCAUCAUGGAUGAGUAAUGAAGCAAGGGACAGAGGACAAAACCGACAAGUUGCCAUUCUUCAACCAACUGUUGCAAAACCUCAACCUGUUUUAUCAAAUCUUUCACCAGUGUCUAAUCAACCUGGACAGCUUGCCUUACCAGCACCUCUCACACCAAAAAAUGUGGCACUCCCAAAACUUGAUCGUUCCUUUAUAGCAGAGUUAGAAAAGUCUCUCGGAAAAGACCAGGCUUCUGCAAACACAUUUAAUACUAGUGACAAGAAAAUAAACAAUGCAAUGAGAGGCUCUUUUGUAUCUAGUCCACCUGCAGUCCUAAAGCAGAGCCAGAGAAUGGCAUCAGAAGUACCAGCUCUUCCUCCACCUCAGCAAGCUGCAAGCUCCAGAAGUCAGCAACAACUUGCUGUGUCCAGACUAACAAGUGAAAGCCAGGUAGUGGACUUACCUGGAGGACGACCUAGCUCCCACUCACAAUUUAAUACAGAAUCCUUGAAUAGAAACAGUGCCUUUUCUGAUUUAGAUGUCCUCAGCUCAUCAAAAACUUUAGGCCUAUUAUCUGAGCAAACCAUAGACACUGGGCAGUACUUUCCAAAGACUGCACAUGUUCGGCCUUUUCUUCCCAAACUACAGGGCAGAACAUGAUGAGAGGAAUGGCUAGUGGAAGUAUAGGAAAUUUUGCAACAUUUCCAAGAACUUCUGGCAGUGCAGUUCAGCAGAACAGCAUUGUUUCUGCAGGAUCAGUGCAUCCUGAUACCAGUAAAUUUGCUGAAAGUGUAAGUGCCCAAUUCCAAGCAGUGGAACGUUGGUCCAACAUGGAAGAUGGCACAAAACCAACACCAGCCAUUUCAAACUUGAAUACUAUACAUCCUGGCUUUCAAAUGAACUACAGCUGGCAACAGCCAUCAAGUUACAGGUCUCAAAUCCAGUCAUCUCAGACAAGCUCAAUACAAUCUGCCAGUAUUAGGCCUUGGAAUGGACAGUUUCAGCAACAUCAGCAGCAGAGUAUCCAUCAGCAUCACACUCAGCAAAUGGAGGUGCCACACAAUACAGUGAUACAGCCAACUGUUGUCUUGAGUCCCCAACUCACUGUAAACUAUAAUCAGGUUAGUGGGUAGUUUGUUGUUAUAUUUAU